UUGGAAUCCGGUAUGAUGGUCCCAGUGCUCCUCUUCCUGCUGCUUCCUGUGGCGAUCCUCUCACUUCCUGCAUCAAAGUUCCAGCCAACGGACUGUGAGGAUGUAUAUUCCAAUGGCUCUAAGCAGAGUGGGGUGUACACCAUCUUCCCUGCUGGACAGCCUCCUGUCCAGGCCUACUGUGACAUGGGCUGUGAGGAAGAUGAUGAUGAAGGAGGGUGGACAGUGAUUCAGAGGAGGAUGGAUGGCUCUGUGAACUUCUAUAGACCCUGGGAGCAGUACAAGAACGGCUUUGGGAAUGUAUCUGGAGAGUACUGGCUGGGACUGGAGAACAUCCUUCUUCUCACCUGGGAAAAGAAGUAUGAGCUGAAGGUGGACAUGGAGGACUUUGAGGGGGGGAAGGUCCACGCCCAGUACUCCUCCUUCUCUGUCGAUCCUGAGUCCGAGGGCUACAAGCUGCAUGUCAGCGGCUACAUUGAUGGAGGAGCAGGAGAUUCUAUGGCCUACCACGACGGGAGUAAGUUUUCCACCUUCGACAAGGACCAGGACAGCUCUUCCUCUAACUGUGCUAAAUCAUAUCUGGGGGGAUUCUGGCAUAACAACUGCCAUGUGGCGAACCCUAAUGGCCUGUAUCAGUGGGGAGACUCUACAUCUGCCACUGGUGUGAACUGGAAAACCUGGAGGGGCUAUGAGUACUCCCUGAAAGCCAUCGUCAUGAAGAUCAGACCCCUGUCAACGCUCCCGACUGGCCCAGAGGCUUAG